AUGGGGAUGCUGCUUAUACUGAUUUUGAAUUUGAUGAUAUCGAUCGUUAUACAAUCAAGAAGGAUAUCAGCUCAGUCUCUGCCUGGCUGCCCAAAUAAAUGUAAGAAUGUCACAAUUCCGUACCCAUUUGGUACGAGAGAAGGCUGCUACUUGAACGAAUUAUAUUUUGUAAACUGUAAAAAUUUAAGAAUUUUUAACACUAGCAUCCAAGUGUUAGAGAUAUCACCAGAUGGUCAUAUGCGUGGCUUAUUACCAAUAUCCUAUCGUUGUUACAACGAGCGUGGUUUUGAAAAUGGUUCAGAACCUAGAAUAUGGUUGUCAAGAUUCCCGCUCUCAAGCUUACAGAACGUUUUGACCACAGUUGGGUGCGAUGCUAGAGCCAACAUGAAGGUUGCUUAUGGUGAGGACUACAUAACCGGAUGUUUAACAAAUACUGGCUGCAAUAUGAUAACCAAUGGUUCCUGUUUAAGCUUGGGUUGCAGCCAGAUUUCAGUUCCUAUGAACGUGACAAGUUUUCGGAUCCAUACACAGGAUAACACAAACAUGAAUGUCGGCAAAUGGAGGUUCAAUAAUUGCACAUAUGGGUUUCUAGUUGAGAAGGAUAGUUACACGUUUAGUGCAACUGACCUUUAUAAUAUGCAGAAACAGUCUUUUCCUGUAAGUUUUAUAUGGACGGUUGGAAACACAGGUUGUGAAGAAGCUCAAGCGAAUCCUACAACUUAUGUAUGCGCAGAAAAUAGUGUAUGUGUCGAUGAUAUAAUUGGGUAUCGUUGUCAAUGUGCUCAAGGGUACCAGGGAAACGCAUAUCUUCCAAAUGGAUGUCAAGAUGUUAAUGAGUGUGAAGACGCCCUUCUACACAGCUGCACACAUAUCUGUAAAAACACUGUGGGAAAUCAUACAUGCCACUGCCCCAAGGGUUACAGUGGGGAUGGUCUAAAGGAUGGAACUCGUUGCACAAAAAACAGGACAAGCGCACAGAAACUUGGAAUAUAUAUGGGCAUCAGUAUGGGCAUCGUUGUAACAUCCAUCACAAUGUUUCUGUCAUAUUGUUUUUUGAAACAAAGACGUCUUGCCAAACAAAAAGAAAUGAUAUUCAAGAGAAAUGGAGGGAAGAUUUUCGAAAAGAUACUUUCUGAAUCUGAAGGAUCGACACAGAUUGUCAAAAUUUUCACCGAAGAUGAGCUUAAGAAGGCAACAAAAAACUUCAGUCCAUACAAUGUUGUUGGUCAAGGAGGUUUUGGAACGGUUUAUAAAGGCAUUUUGAUAGAUAAUACCGUGGUGGCAAUCAAGAAGUCAAAAGUGAUUGAUCCAAACCAAAUAGGACAGUUUGUUAAUGAGGUGGUACUUUUAUCGCAAAUCAAUCAUCCUAAUAUUGUAAAGCUGGUGGGCUGCUGUCUCGAGACAGAUGUUCCUUUACUAGCGUAUGAGUAUAUAGUCAACGACACAUUGUUCCAUCACUUGCAUGGAACAUCUCGUGGCUCUUUGUUAUCAUGGAGGAUGAGGUUAAAAAUUGCACUUGAAACUGCAGGAGCUAUUGCUUAUAUGCAUUCGGCUACCAAAAUUAUACAUAGAGAUAUCAAAUCUUCUAAUAUACUGUUAAAUGAUGAUUAUAGUGCCAAAGUUUCCGACUUUGGGAUUUCACGUUCCAUUCCGAAGAACAAAAUGGAGGUCUCCACAGCCGUUCAAGGAACACUUGGAUACAUAGACCCCGAGUACUUCAUUUCAGGUAUUUUGACUGGGAAGAGUGAUGUUUAUAGCUUUGGGGUUGUACUAAUGGAGCUGCUCACUGGGGAAAAAGUAAAUUCCGCAAUUGGAACUAGAACGUACCAAUCUCUGGUAGACCAUUUUGUUUUGUUACUGAAAGAGGACCGUUUGUUUGAAAUUCUAGACGACCAAGUGAAGCUAGAUGCUACUCAUGAUCAACUUAAUCGAGUUGCCCACCUUGUCAAGUCAUGUGUUAGUCCUCAAGCCAUGGCAAGGCCUACAAUGGAAGAGGUGAAGCAGGAGCUCCUCGCUCUGCAAGAAAUAUUCGGUUUACCUCAUACUGAUAAGGAAAUUGUAAGCUUCUGUUCCACAGGCUCAUAUGUAACAGAACCAUCAAGCUCACAGAUGUUUUAA